AACAAACAACUGUCACAUCUCAACUCCUGAUUCUCGUCUGAUCAUCUCCACUGAAACAAAAGCAAGCAACUUUUUUGAUCUGUUUUCUCCGCUUCUUGAUCUGGAUUUUGAUUCUCGUUUCUCUGCUUCUUCACCAUUCAAGUGAUCGACUUCCAUUGAUUUUUGAUGGAACAAAAUCAAGAGAAGAAAUUUGUUUGCAAGUUUUGCCACAAGAGGUUUCCGUGUGGGAAGUCCUUAGGUGGUCACAUAAGGACUCAUAUGAAUAAUGAGAAUUCUGCUGUAGCAGAGGAAGGAGCAGCUGAACUCACCAUAAACAAGCUUCUCUGCAGCAGUAACGGAAGGAAUGUCAAGAGAGCUGCUGAGCCUGAAGCUGGUGCCCAAUCUGGUUAUGUCCUUCGGGAGAACCCCAAGAAAACCAAGAGGUUUACUGAUUCAGGCAACUCUUCUGUAGUCAAAGAGAUGGUUUGUAAAGAAUGUGGUAAGGGUUUCCAAUCACUGAAAGCUCUUUGUGGUCACAUGGCUUGUCACUCAGAGAAAGAUAGGGUCUUUCAGAAGUUUGAGGAUCAUUCAGGUAAUAGUGAGAAACAGAAGCUGGUAAUGGAUAGUCAGUCAGAUACUGAAACAUCAGCUCCAAGUAGGAGGAGGAGAUCCAAAAGAAUAAGGUACAAGACAAUUGGCGUUUUCUCUAAUAAUUCAGUUUCUUUGGCAAAUGGUUCUUCAUCUGCAUCAGAGAUAGAGCAAGAACAAGAAGAGGUGGCGAUGUGUUUGAUGAUGCUGUCAAGGGACUCUGGUUGUAAGAAAGGAUUGAAUUCAGUUGCCGACUCUUCAGAUAACAAUUCUGUCGUUUUGGAGGCUAAAUCAUCCUCUAUUGAUCUGAAGAUUACUAUUAAGAAUGACAUGAAAUGUGUUUCUAACGGUGGUGAGUUUUUGGAGAUGAAAAUGCCCAGAGACUGCAAGUUGAAAUCUGCUGAUUCUGGUCCUUCUUCUGAGAAUUCUGAUUCUGGGUAUUUUACGAAUGGGCCCAAGAAGGUGGAAUCAGAUGUUUCUGUCGAUGGGUUUCUCAGGAAUGUUGGAUUUAAGAAACUUAAGGUGGAGUCCGGAUCUGGAUUUGAAGACUUUGAUGCAAAAAUUGGGAAGAGUUUGAGUAAUUUCAAAUGUAUGAAAACAGAAUUUCCGAAGGAUUUGGUCAGAGAAGUAGGGGACAAUCAAGCAGAUAGAGCUUUGACUAAGUAUGAUUUAAGAAGAAGUGCCAAGAAAGAUUAUUACAGUCCUGAAUUUUUGUACAACAGUUCUCCAAAGGGAAGCAAAUACGAGUGUUUGACCUGUAACAAGACCUUCGAUUCCCACAGGGCUCUUGGAGGACACAGAGCAAGCCACACCAAGGUCAAUGACUGCAGUGAGUCGAUACAUGAGAGCGGUGAAGAUAGCUUAGCAAAUGAUUCUUUUCCAGUUCCGAUGACUGAUAGCAAAGUUACCAAGUCCUCCCAUCAUAACAAAAGCCUAAGUACUCCUCGUGGUUCAUCGGGCAAUGCUGAGAAAAGAUUGGGAUCGAAGAAAAACAAGGGACAUGAGUGCCCAUUCUGCUUCAGGGUUUUCAAGUCAGGCCAAGCUUUAGGAGGUCACAAGAGGUCCCAUUUUGUUGGAGGUUCUGAGGACAGAACAGUUGUGAUCAAGCAAGACACAGCCGAGAUGCCAGGUCUAAUUGAUCUCAACCUUCCUGCUCCUGUUGAGGAAGAUGCGAUGGGGAAUGCUGGGUUCAUGCCAUGGUAGAUUGGAAGCACCACAAGCAUGAUUCUUGCUAAAUGAAUGAAAAUUUUUGGGCAUAGGUUCAUCAUGAUGCAAGAGAUUUUUUAAGAGUGUACAGACAAGUAAAUUUAUUUUCUAUUUUCUGUUUUCCCUUGGCCUCAGAUUCAAGUUGACCUUUGCUAAGGUAAAUGUUUCCCCAUCUGCUGCUUUUGAACCGUGAAGGGUAGGUUCUCUUGCAUUUAAAAGUUGUUUCUUUUUUAUUCAUCUAUAUGUUCUUGGAUUUUAUUUUCAUUCUUACAACAAUUUUCAAUUCUUUGUCUAUCUAGAGUACACCAUUUUCCUUGUUAAAAGGUGCUUUCCAGCUCUGCCUUACUUCAAAUCUGUCAAAUAGCUCCUUCUGGGAAGCAAACUCAAAGGGCCAGCCGUGGCUUCUGUUUUUGAACUUACAUGAUAAAAACUUUUCACUUUAAAUCUUUUGAUAUAGGCAAUCAUAGUUUGUCCUUGAUACAACCCAAUCUCACUGUUGAAGUGUAGUUUUAAAAGAAUCAAGGACCACCUGCUUUAUGGGGAAACAUUAAAAAUAAAGUGUCAUUCUCCUGGAGUGGAAGAGAAGUUUCCUCUCAAAAUUUUACAUGCCCAAGAACUGUACACUCACAUUCAAUUACUCCACACACCCAUAUUUAUAUCUGUAAGACAAUCCAUUAUGUACAGUUAAAUUUGCUUUUGUUUGUUCCCAACUCUCUUUGGAACACACUCUUUAAUGCUUUUCUUUCUUUACAACAGAGGAAAGGAGGGGAAGAAAAAGGUUCUCCACCCACAUUUCACAUUUUGCUCAAAGGCCUUGUUUAUCACAUUGUUCUUCUCCCAUAGAAUAAAUCUUCAAGAAUUUUAGGUCAACCCCAAACCUGUAAAGUAGGCAGCUUACUUCACUUUGUUGCAAUGGAAAUGUUCCUUUGUUGAGCUAUUGAGAAGGUCCCCUUGGAAUAUAUGGGGUGGUUGGACUUACUCUUGAGUUUGAAGACUUAUU